AGAGACAUAAGGUGCACGGUUGCAAAACAAGAGAGAUAUUUGGAAGCAAGGAGUAGUAGGGAACACAAGAAGCCAUGUGUAUCGCUGCAUGGAUUUGGCAGGCUCAUCCUCAGCACCAGCUCCUCCUCCUGCUCAACAGAGAUGAGUUUCAUAGCAGACCUACAAAGGCAGUAGGGUGGUGGGGGGAGGGCUCAAUCAAGAUUCUUGGGGGCAGGGAUGUGCUUGGUGGAGGGACAUGGAUGGGGAGCACCAAAGAUGGCAGGCUUGCCUUCCUGACUAAUGUGCUCGAGCCUGAUGCGAUCCCUGGCGCACGAACUAGGGGAGACCUGCCCCUCAGGUUCCUGCAGGGCACCAAAGGCCCGCUUGAAGUUGCAAGUGAAGUGGCAAACGAAGCUGAUGAGUACAAUGGCUUCAACCUUAUACUAGCUGAUUUAACCAGGAAUGUCAUGGUCUAUGUGUCAAACCGGCCAAAGGGGCAGCCUGCAACGAUUCAACUCGUCUCACCAGGGCUCCAUGUGCUCUCCAAUGCAAGGCUAGACAGCCCUUGGCAGAAGGCGAUUCGCCUUGGUAAAAACUUCAGGGAGCUUCUUAGAAAGCAUGGUGAUGAGGAAGUUGUAGCGAAGGACGUAGUUGAGAGGCUAAUGACUGACACCAUAAGAGCUGACAAGGAUAUGCUGCCAAACACCGGUUGUGAUCCGGACUGGGAGCACGGUUUGAGCUCCAUCUUCAUCGAGGUGCAAACUGACGAAGGGCUUUACGGGACAAGAAGCACAUCAGUUCUUUCAGUGAACUACGAUGGUGAAGCUAGCUUAUACGAGAAGUACCUCGAGAGUGGUCUAUGGAAGGAUCACACAGUGCAUUACCAGAUAGAGUAGGCAAUGCACAAAUAAAGAAGGGAGCCUCAAAUAGGAAGAAAGAAUGAAGAACUACCCCACUGUGCAUGCUGUUACUUCCACAGUUGCCCUUAAGAUCACCUAAUGAUCCUCUAAUUAUGGUGAUUAAAUUAUUUAUUGUAAGAAGAUUUAUCAUUUCAGAGACAAUUCCAAUCAAAUUAUUGAAUAUAUACAUAAUAUGAUAUGUGUAGUUACAGACUGCAA